AUGUCCUUAGCAGAAUUUGAGCAAAUGAUCAGGAAAUGUGGCCCCAAAGACAAGCUGUCUGGAUCCUUCUGCUCACAGACUGCCUUCAUGAAGGGUUCAAUUUCCAGAACAAAGGCCUAUUUUCUAAAAUAUAAACAAUUAAUCCAUUAUGUUACUAGUCACCCAAUAGACAGUGUCCCAGACUUGAGGAGCCUGUCCUUAUGUUGUCUUGUAUUUCUUUGCAGUGGUCGGGCGUUCACUGCCAUAAAACCGUUCCAGCAAGAUUUCAGUCUCCAGGUAGGAGGUUUUGCUUUGUCCACCAUAGCAUGGAUUCUUUGCAUCACCUCCAUGGGCCUCCCACAGUGGCGAGUGUGGUAUCCGAAGGAAGGUGUGAUCUCUUACCCUAGUGUGGCCUUUGUGGGACUGUGGAAAAUCUGCAUCUAUCACUACAACAACUCCAACAAUAUUAGAAUGUGUUACCAAUACAGCUACUAUGACACCUUCAUCCCUUUGGAUAUUCGUAUUUCUCAACACCUGAUGCUGAUCACCAGCAUUUUCUGGCUGAUUGGAAAAGUGGCCACCGUUGUUGCUCUUAGAAAUGUGUACUCAGAAAGACAAAAACGGAAUACUACCCACAAUGCCUUAAGUGCUUCAGCGAUUCUGAACAUCAUUGCUAAUAGCUUUGUCUUCCUUGCUGUCUCGUGCAACUAUUUCUCCAUUUUAAACAAGGAGGGGAUUGCCUUUCCACCCUCCUUCAUUAUGCCCCUUUAUCCAGAUAUUCAGAAAGCUGGGGCUGCCAUGGGUGUGGCAUUGCUAGCGGCUGUCCUGUUUUUGUUCAGUGGCGUGAUUUUCAUUUCUUAUGAUGUUCCCUUAAACAUCAAAGACAUUCCUGAUUUCUGAAAAUGAAUUUACUUCACCUUGAAAAAUCCCAAAUUCCCUGUGGUUAUAGCAAGGAUUUUGGAGAUGUCUCCCUGAAGUCUCCAAAGAUUCAACAAUGCUCAACUGGCCUGUGACAGAAAAUGGUUCAAUGACUCCUCUUGUUAUCUUUUCUGUCUUGUUUGUUUCAUUACUUCAUUGGUUGGAUUAUGGACUUCUAUUAAAAUAAAUAAAACCUUACCCACUUAACAAUUUGUCUUAUGAAAUUUGGGCUUUGGGCUUUAAUUGAUGUCAAUGAAGGAAAUGAUAAAUAAA